AUGACAUCGAUCGGAUGGUUGAGGAAAGCUGAUUGGAACACCAGAGCACCACGCAAUUCAAAUCGACAAGACGAGAUUACAAGGCCUAUGAUACGCGGUAUCGGAGAUCUGGAAGCAGAAGCAGGUCCGAGAGGACAUUCUGUCGACUUCCGGACAGGCAAAUGUCGUGUUGAUUGCGAAACCGCCGGCAAUCAGCAGGCGAGUAUCGUUGAUGCGAUUGCAAGUGUGCAUCUAAUCCUUCAAGAUGGCCGCGAUGGUGCUCACAUCGGCCUUGCAAUCUCGUCUUGUCGACUUGAACUGCGUGGUGCUCUGGUGUUCCAAUCAGCUUUCCUCAAUCAUCCGAUCGAUGUCAUCUCGGAAAGGACUUCGUCAGUGGUGACUGCACUGGUAUUUGGGGAUCGGCAUGUUGCCAUCGUCAAUUCUUCCAUUCACUGA